CCAGUCGCGCGCUCUCGCGGCCCGCCGCCCAAGCCCUGUUCAGCCGCGCUCCGACGCCGCAUCGCUGGAGCGGGCCGCGCGGCGGUAUUCACACACACCAGCACCGACAACUCUAACAGAAAACCUGCUAACCGAACUGUCGCACUUGUACCGCUGCCCCAGUCAAUGCUGUAGCUGUGAUAUUUGUACAAAUCUGACCGAAGCCUGUCGGCCAUGCGGGCAAAGAACCCCCCAUCGGAGAGCACCGCGCCGCAGCCUCCCACUCUUACGUGCCGCGAAAUCGCUAGCACACUAUUAUGAGGGACGUUCAGAGCGUACCUGAUCCAUGUACAAAUAUGUUCGAUAUGUCAAUUCAAGAAGUGAACGGUAAAGGACCUAAAAAGAGGAAAAAGUCGUUAGAGCGUAUCUGUGAUAAUGAGGGACGGGAACGUUCCGAUUUAAAUGCGAGUGAGUCUGAAAUAAUCGAAGGGAAGAAUGGAGAAAUGGUCGAGAAGUCGGUGGGUGGGUGUAGCGGCGGUGGAAGCGGCGGUGGCGGCGGCAACGGCGUUGAGCUGCUGCACUGGCGCGACAUGCCGCAGCACUUACAGUUCAAUCCGUACGUGCUGACCGGCUACCGCCCGCUGCAGGGAUGGGGUGGAUGUGUCGCCAGCCUCUUUUACUUCCACAACGAGACCAUCAAUAUACUUACACAUGGUGUGUCUCUAGUGUACAUGAUGGCGGUACUACCAGGCCUGCUGCCGUGGGGCGGAGGAGGCUCCUGGUUCCUCUCGCUUUGCCACCUGCUGGGUGCACUGGCGCCUUGGUGUGGUUCCUUCCUUUACCACUUGUUCAUGAACCACGCGAGAGGUGCGGCGCUGUACCACCGUCUGCUACAGCUUGACAUGUUAGGCAUAUGGGUCAGCCAGAGCAUAGGCGCAAUCCCAAUGGUGACGGCUACCGUAUAUUGUGCGCCUACGCCGCUGAGGUACACCGCUCUAGCAGUUUACUGCCUCGGCAGCCUGAUCGGCCUAUAUAAGGCGAUGCGAGCAUGGUCACCCUGGGAGCGACGGCUGUGCUUCGCAGCGCCGUUCUGUAUGCGAGUGCUGCUAGCGGGCGCCCGCGCUGCCCGCCUCGGGGGCGGCGACCCGCAUGCAAUACUGCACGUCUUCCUCCAGGACGCGGUGUCGUUGGGCGGCGGAGUGAUCGGUGCGAUGCAUAUCCCGGAAAAGUGGUUCCCGGGAGCGGUGGACCGCUGCCUCAACUCACACAACAUCAUGCACGUGCUCGUUGUGCUCGCUGUCUACUCCAUGCAUCAGGUUACCACUCUGGACUUGGCGUGGAUGUCGCGCGUAGACUGUCGCGCGCCGCUGCGUCAGCUCUGACGGCGACCGGCCAUACUUCGGCGCAUCUUCACCACCGCCUGUACACCACCACUCAUUUGCACCACACGUCUGAUGCUCUAAAUUCUCUUCAAACCGUCUUUAGUUUAUUUCAACAUAAAAACUGCGAUGAGAUAUUCGAGAACUUACAGAGGUCUCGACGUAUUAACAGUUAAUGUAAAAUUAUCCAUUGUGCAUGCGCAAAACAAUUUACAUCCAUACAAUGAAGCAAAAUUUCAUUUUUAUUUUUUUUUUAUAUUAAAUUCAAUUUUAAAUUAGUAAUCCUUUAACCUAUAUUUUUAUUUUUAUUAUCUACAUUGGAUACUAGUAUGUUUUUGUUAUUUUACCAAAUAGAUUAAAUAAAAAAUCAAUUUAUUAAUCGACAAUCAGUAAAUGUCUGAACAAACUGGACUCCAUUGGAGGUAAAAUAUGGUAUACUCGGUGCGUUGUACGAUGCAAAUGACAGUUGAUAUUUUGGUAGUUUUGUACUUACAGAACUGUAUUGGUUAAGAUUUUUGGUGUCGACAUCUAUCCAAUAACCAUGAGUUUCUCAGUAUAUGCUUAGUUACGUUUUAGUAAUGGUGCAGAUGUCACUAAAAUCAACGAAAUGUUUUAUGGUUUUAAUGACCUGCCACUUGCACCAAGCUAUAACACACGGAGUAUAUAUAGGUAGUUGUUCUAAAAUGAGUUUUAAAUUGUUAUGUAUUUAAUGAAUGCUGCGGUUAAUAAAUUUAUCCAAAUUAAAGUAUUGAACAACCAAAUGAAUUGAUAUUUAUACACUUUUGACUCUCCAUAUUUUUUUUGCAAUAAAAAAAGGACUUACAGUAUUCGUAUCUAAGCUGCAGUGGAAUUUAGAAACAGAAAGUAAGAACCUACUAUUAUUAUUAUUAUUUUUAGUUUAAAGUUUAUAAAAGUUAUGCAAUAUGGUAUUUAAAAAUUUAAAUUAACAAUAAAUUGUUAUGCCUGAUCCUUUUGGUGAAAGUAUUUGACUUGAAUUUUUCCGGCGGUUCUGUGUUUAAAAUGAUCAUCUAUGUCAUCAAAACUUUUAUUUAAUAUAAUUUUAUUUAAUCGUGAAACUGCAUCGUGGCCGAAAAUCUCUCUGCUAUGAAGUAUUUCUACCUAUAUUCAAUUCACAAUACAUAUUUUUCGAUACCUCCACUAUUCUGUGGUUAUAUACGUCAACAAUUAUAUCUAUGUACGUAUAAAAACAUAUCUACAUGCAACCAUCUCUACUAGAAUGUUUUUUUUUCUCUAUAAUGUUUCUAUUAACAUUAUGGUGUGUAAUACAUUUAAAAAAUACUAGCUUAGGCUAAUAGGACUUGAUUUUUUUACAAUCCCACAGGCUAUUUACAAAGAAAAAUGCACAUAAAGAUAUACAUUGCUAAAUAAAUAAAAAAAUAGCUGAAAGAUAUCUUGCGUUUUUCUCAACUGACUUACAUCAAUUUAAAGUUAUGUUAAACACAAAAAAAUAAUUUGUUUUUUAAAAAUCUACGAAUAUAAUUCGAUUGAUCAAAAAUCACAGAUUUUUUGUACGAUUCGAGCUGUCAAAAUAAUUGCAUCCAAAAAUAAGUAACGUUUAUAAAGUUUCCUCGAUUAUGACUAAUAGGUUUUUUUUAUCAGCCCAUUGAAAAUACGUCUGGUAAACCGUGUCGGUUCUACAGUCUAUGCACGCAAUGACUAGUUUCAUGUGUUGAUUUUGCACGAUUUUUGUAGUGCAAGACAUGAUUACAUUUGUUAUAUUUAUUAUAUAGGUAAUAAUGGAAAACGGCUGAGUUGAAUACAGUGUAGUGGAAAUAUUAGUGAUUAGGUUAUAGCUUUAAGAUGUACCAGUGCGCGACGAUGCACUUAAGUACUCUAAAACAUUAAUUAUAUUACUAGAAAAUUUAUAGAGUUCUUUAUAAAUAUUACGCGCCUGUCAUGGCAAUGGCAGUUUUAAAAGAAAAUAAUGUUUCGGACAAAAAAAUAUCAAAUAAUAAUUAUUGUUAUUUUAUUAAACUAUCGAUGACUGAACGAUCAAUUGAUUGCAGCAGACAAGUCGAUUCUUGAGGAUUUAGUCAAAUCUCAAAAAGAAAUUUAUUAAAUACGUACUAUAAAAUUCAAGUUAACUACGAAUCCGUUCAAAAAGAAUAACAGCGGUUUGUAGACAUUCCAUUUAGCGGUUAUCGUUAGUUGACAAUAUAACGGCCUAUAAACUUAGUAUAGCUACAUAAUUAAAUAAUAAAAUAAUUUGUGCCCCCCCCCCCUCCCCCAUUCUAUAUUAAUCCAAAUAAACAUUUUUAUUAUUUUAUUAUAUUCUCAUUUUCAUGCAUAUUCAAAUUAUGAUGAUAUUCGUUAAUUUCCCUAAAAAACAAACAUCUUAUGUAUGUAUUUUUAAACAUCAUCAAACAUGUCACGUCAUAAAUGCCAGGUCCAUAGACAAAGUUGAAUGUUUAAUUUCAUAAUAUUUGGAUGAACCUUUAAUCGAAAUAUGACAUUCCAGAGUGAAAUCUUUACAUUAGUGAGACUGAUUUUUUUUUAUAUAAAUAUGUAAUAAAUAUUAUUUAGAAAAAAAUAUCGUUUAAACCCAACCAACUCCGCAUAGAAUCUUUCUAAAUAAAAAUUAAUUAUGUACUUAUUUAUUAAUAAUUUUUUUAUUAAUUUUGCUAUGGGCCUGGUGAAUGCAGCUAUUUUUUUUAUAUUUUAACAAUAACUAGGUUGUCAACUAAUACUUAGAUAGCGUUCUCUUUUUAAUAGUAAGUACUCGUGGUAAUAAAUAGUGAUAAGUUUUCGAGUACAAUUAAAAUAUUAUUUGAAUGCAAUGAAUCCUUUUUAGAGUUCUCUGUAGAUAGGUAUGUAAUUAAGUGUAGUUUCCAAAUAAAAAUAAUACUGUUUAAAACUGUCCCUUUUAGCGUUAAGAUAACAUGGCAAGCUUUAAAUUAAAGGAGAAACAAUUUUGUUUGCUGCUUCAUAUGAUGGUGCAUUUUGGAUAAUUAUUAUAAAUAAUUAUUUCCAAAAGUUAUGGCAUGCGUACGCUAGAUUUACUUAUAUCUAUUUAUGAGUAUAUCUAAUUCAGUAUUGUAAUUAUCACCAACUCAUGAACGACUAACGUUGUGUUUACUAUUACCGAUGGGAAUGUAAGAAUGUAUAAUUUAUCUAUUUUAUAAAUAUGAAUUUUAAUAUCCAAAAAGAUGUAAAUGAAAAUUAAAUAUUUGUAUUUUAUUCAAGUAUCUAGUCCAUUUAGGUACUAGGUAUUAUAAUAUUUAUGACAAAAAAAAAAUUUUAAAUCAUUUCAAAAAGAAAAAGUAUUUUAUAUAUUAUUGUCCCAAUUGUAAACAGAUUUUAUUUUUUUCAAUCGACUGAGUUUAAUUAUAUAUUAAUUAUUACCAUCAAUGUUGUUCUUUCAUGCAGAAAAUUAAUAUAUAAAUAACUGUUUCCUUAUUUUUAUUACGAUAAACGCAUUUUGUUCUUAAGUUUAUCAGAAUAUGUAUUAUAUAUGCAAUAUAUAGGAAUAUUAAAAAUAUUGUAACUUUUUUUAUAAUAUUUGUCGAUAACUUUGCUAUUUUUUUUUAAUAUCUACUCUUAUUUACAAACAAAUAUGAGUUAAUAUUUAUUUGUCUGGUGUAUUUGAAAUUGUGUAAGCAAACGAGAUGCGUAAAUAAUUGUUUUCAAAUAACAUAAAAAUCGUUGUUGGUUGAUAUUAUAUACUGAUAUAGGAAUUGAAGAAUGCAUCACUACUACACUUUGUGUGAUAGGUACGAUAAUCUAAAACGAUAAAGAAUGUGCGGGAUCCAUCUUAUCUAAUUUUAAUACAACUACUUAUUUAAAUUUGACACUUUACAAUUUGUCAUACUGCAUAUGUUACUGAAUGAUAUCCAUAUUACAUUAGGUCUUAAAAACUGCACAGAGAUUAAUUUACUAAACAUUAAAAAAAUAAACACGACUUCGCUAAAUUUAUCUAUUUUUUUUUUUUGGUAUUUAUUAUAUUUAAUUAUAAGUGAACAAUAACUGAGUAUGUACUACUAACUAAAGUUUCGGACAUUUUCCAUUGCAUUUGUGUCACAAUAUGAGCGAAAAUUACAAAUGUACGUACGUACAGAAUUAAGUAUUCGAUACAACUUAUUUCUGCUACCAAUCGUUGGUAUAUAUUUUUAUAUUCUCAAUGUUGUGUGCUUCACAGCUUUAACUAUAAAGAGGCAUUGCAAUUCCCACGUUGAAUUUGUAAUUAAUACUCUUCGAAAACUUCCCUUUAGUAUUAUUCGAGGAUAAAGCUAACCGUAGUGACAGUAGUUAGGUAGAUUACAAGCAAUAAAUAGUCAACAAUUGUUCGGAAAUUUGACAAAAGUAGUCGCUCUCAGUCUUAUAACCAUGGAUUUUACACAAGUAAAUUGUUGAAUUUUAUAACACAUCUUUUUUGAUGGCCACCAUCUACUUUUGUCAAAGUUCUAUUGUUUUAAAUAAUGAUUUGUUGUAAAUGAAGUAGUAUUAUAGAUAAAACGAAGUGUACUUGAGGUUUUUUACUAUUUGCGAUUGUCGGAAAGUGUCUUCGUAUCUCCGUACGCUGUGAGCCGACCUCCACAUGUAUAAUGCUCGCUAACAUCAAAACAAUAUAACUAUUUGCCAAUUUUAAUUUAUAUUUUUCGAAAAUCAUAUUUUCACCAGCAUACGAGUGUUUACAGUCAACAACAACUUUAUUUACACUAACGUAAUAUCUAUGAAAACUUUAUUGAUAGCUAAAUUAGGCAUCUAUAUAUUUCGAAGUAAAUCUGAAAUGUACAUACGUUAUUUUUAUCAUAGCUGUCAGCUUAGUUUAUGCAUAAAAUAAUAUUUUAUAUACUUCAUAUAGUUUGAGACGGUUUACUUGCCUAAAUAUUCACUGUUUACAGUAAUUUUUAUAUAAGUAUAUAUACAUUAUAGGGUCAGGGAGGUUCAUUGUGGUGAGAUAAAGUUAGUUCCAAUUGGUUACAGUUAACAAACCGAAUAGGUAUAAUCGAAUAGGUAGCUAUGUACCUACAAGUGAAAGAUUAAACGCUUCCAAAAUUAAAAAGUAGGUACUUAUGAUAUUUUUAACAUUAUUAGCACUACUUAAUUCUACCACUUGAUUUUCUUUUAAAUACUAAUAAAUAUAAUGUAAGUUUAAUACUUAUUUCGUACUCAUGUUUAAAUGUUUCUUUUUCUUAAUACAAACUUGUGAAAGAGGUGAUAUAAAAACAAAUAUACUUAAUCAGUUUCUUGUAAUUAAAAUUAAGCUACUACCUUGGACAUUUAUCGAAAAAUUAAAGAUAUGUUAGGUAUUAUUUUAUGAGUAUAACAUACAUCAUGCUAUUUUGUAACUGUAGGAUUAUUAUUAGAUACAUACCUAGCGUAAGAGUCACAGAUCUAGUUAAUUUCAGAACAAAUUUAAUUUUUCCCACUCAUGAUUUUUUUACAAUAUUUUAUACAUACAUGUACGUACAAUGUAUCGUCAUACAAUAUUUUUUAAACAUAAUUUCCUAUACAAGAUCAAUAGAUAUCCAUUUUAAUUAGUAAAUAUUAUAUGGAGUUUAUGUUACGCCAUUUAUUCAGUAUUACGUUAAGCGGUGGAUUUUCCAUAAUAUUUACAAGUAAAUCACUGAUAAAGAAACCUUGAAUCGCAUACAGUAAGUAUAAUUAUAGUUUAGUACUAUACAGCGUUUAAUUUUAUAAGUUAACAAUAGAUUUUAGCUAUAGAAAACUUGAAGACGCCCACUCAAAAAACCAAAUGUACCUACCCAAUCGUAUCAUCAUGAUAUUAAUAAUAAUUAAUAACAACAAAGACAAAUUAAAAACCAAUGCACCAAUUAAUACAAUAUAAAUAAUGUUGUAUAAAUUUAUUAAUGCGAAUUAAGAAUUAUACAUUUUGUGGAAUUUAUGUACAAACUGCCAAUGAAGCUGAUUAUUAUAUUUUUCGACAUAGUCUAUUGCGAAAAUAAUUUCAUUUGAAAUAAUCGUGACUAUUUAAUUUUUUGCAAACCAUCUAACAGAAACAAAAAUAGGACUACUUCUUAAAAAUGCUCGAUCUAUGUUCAAGUUUUUAUUGUAAGUAUGUAAUUAUAUACGAAUAUUAUGAACACAUAUUGUAAUGCAAUUCGUUGUAGUGAUAUUUGAAAGCAAUAUAACAGUAUUUAAUACAAUUGUUUGGAAGGUUUCUUUGUGGGAAUCUCAUCAGUUGCACUUAUUAAUAGACGAUCCUUGAUCAAAAUUCUCAAUCUGUAGACGUUGAAGAGAGUAUUAAAGAUUAAUUUGAAUUCAA